AAGGCUAUUGUUCAAGCGGUUUUAAAAUUGCCGUAGUUACUGUCGUUGCUACAAAGUGUCGUGGAGUCGCUAGUGGUUAGUGUUGUUGACUAAACCGGUGUGUGACUGUGAAAGGCAAGAAAGAAAAAAUUGUGUUAAAGCGGUUUGUAAAAUCGUUUAAUUUAAAAAUGGCUAAGUAUAAGAUUAUUAUGGUAAGACAUGGAGAAUCAGAAUGGAACGAGAAGAAUUUGUUUUGUGGAUGGUACGACGCCAAUUUAAGUUCAAAAGGAACUCAGGAAGCGGUUAGUGCUGGAAAAGCAUUGAAAGAUGCUGGGGUUAAACUGGAUCUAGCAUUUACAUCUGUGUUAACUCGAGCUCAAAAGACAUUGGAACUGAUUUUAAAGGAAAUUGGUCAAGAAAGCAUUCCAAUUAUUAAAACUUGGCGUCUUAAUGAGAGACAUUAUGGUGGCCUAACUGGCUUAAAUAAAGCCGAAACUGCUGCUAAGUAUGGUGAAGAGCAGGUUGCAAUUUGGCGUAGAAGUUUUGAUGUACCUCCUCCUCCAAUGGAACCAGAUCACCCGUACUAUGAUGUUAUUGUGAAAGAUGAGCGUUACAAAGAUGGACCUGCACCAGGAGAGUUUCCAAAAUUUGAGUCACUCAAGCUUACUAUUGAGCGCACAUUACCUUUUUGGAACAAUAAUAUUGUUCCUGAAAUUAAGGCUGGAAAGUCAAUUUUAAUUGCUGCUCAUGGUAAUAGCUUAAGAGGAAUAGUUAAGCAUCUUGAUCAAUUGUCUGAUGAGCAAAUAAUGAAAUUAAAUUUGCCAACUGGUAUUCCAUUUGUUUAUACAUUAGAUGAAAAUUUAAAACCUGUUGAAAAUGGCAGUCUUCAGUUCUUGGGAGAUCCUGAAACUGUUAAAAAGGCAAUGGAAGCUGUGGCAGCUCAGGGUAAAGCAAAAUAAUGACAUUACUUAGUAUGUUUCCUUUUUAAACACCUACCAUAUAUUACAUAUUACUGAUGAAACUGAAAAAAUGCCACAUAGAUAGUAAAACAAAGCAAAAUUAAAAUGUGGUUGAAGUAUUUUGUUCAUUGUGAAAAUAUUUAUUACCUAUGUAUAUGUUGUAUGUAAAUAAAUAAACUAAACCAUUUAG